AACAUCAUCAACCUCUUCAUUUCACUCAAAACUAGCAGCGGAGAUAUCUCUGCUCUUCUCUUGGUCGAUCCACCCAAACCCAAUGAAGAGAAAAAGACCAACCUUUCAGGUUGAGAACAAUGGUAAGAGGAGGAGAAGGAAAUGUUGGGAUGAAUACAACAAGUUGGACAGGAUCAGUGCAUUGCCUGAUGACAUUCUUGUUUAUUUAGUGUCUCGCUUGCCGCUAAAGGAAGCAGUAGCUACCAGUGUCCUUUCUAGGCGAUGGCAGAAUGUGGGACUGUCUACUAAGACCCUUAGGUUUGAUGCUGUUGACUUCUCAGUUUAUAAUAAUUUCCGGCGCUACUGGCCAGACCGACCAGAAGAAUUUAUAGAGCAGGAGAGCUGGAAGUACAUCAAUUGGGUGAAUCAUGUGCUGCAACAGCAUAGAGGCAAACAUGUAGAAGAAUUCAGGGUUAGCUUCUGUCUAGAUGGUCGCUUUUCAAGUUCCAUUAAUCGAUGGAUUCAAUUUGCAAUGGAAAAUAGAGUUGAAAUGCUUGAAUUGGAUUUUUAUCCAGAAGCUUUUCUGAGAUUUGGAUUUGAAGAUUAUAAGUUUCCUCACAAACUGUUGGGGAUUUGUAUUCCAAGUCUGGGCUCUUGUGGGUACAAUAUUGGUUUUAAGUCCCUUAAAGUUCUUCAAAUCCGACAUGUUGGUGUGACUGGAGAAGUCCUCGAGUAUUUCCUUUCCAGCUGUCCAUUACUCGAGAGAUUAUCAGUGAGUUACACCCAAGAUUUAGUCAAUUUAAGAGUUAUUGGUCCAUCAAUUGCAUUGAAGUAUUUGGUGAUAAAAGAUUGUGAUAAUCUGAAAAGCAUUGAAAUCAGAGACGUAAACAUCGUCUCAUUUAUAUAUUAUGGAUACCGUUCGACAAACCUGGUUAUCAGUAAUGUACCAUUGCUUACUGAGGUAAGCGUUUCCAAGGAGACUUGGAAAAAGGAAUUCAUAAGGGACUUUUUCACCCAAUGCUGUCUUUGUAACAUAGAGAUUCUGAAGCUGCAUAUCCAUGGAGCGUCCUACGACGAGUAUCCUGCGUUACCUCUAUUAGCAAGUCUGAAGCACUUGGAAUUACAAGUUGUAGCAAAUUAUAAUAGGGCACUUCAUCAUUUAUAUACCUUCCUUAAGUCAUCUCCAUACUUGCUGAGACUUGUAUUGAAGUUGCAGCUGCUACAAGGGGGUCCAUCAUGCCCAGAAAUUGGGGACAUUAAGAAAGCACCUGAUUGCCCCCAUAAUCACCUCAAGGUAGUAGAAAUAGCUGGCUUUCGAGCUCAUUUAUCUGGUGUCGAACAUGUCAUGUACCUAAUAAAGAAUGUUGCCUCACUGGAGAAAAUUGUUAUUGAUCCUGUACGGAGAUGGAGAUAUCCUCCUAAUGGAGUGAAUAGGCCAGCUACAGAACUCAAUAAAGAAGUCGAGGCUAGAUAUCAUGCUAGCCAAAACCUUAAACCAAAAAUCCCUGCAACUAUAGAAUAUGUGUGCCUUUAGUCGUCCUUCUGAUCUAGAAUUGGCUUUGUAUGUAUGAUGAAUAAUCAGACAUGUCAUGUUCUAUGUAAAGAUGAGUUAUUUAUAGAUUAUACACCUUUUAUU